AUGAACGGCCACUUAUUCUUCGUGUCUUCUUGGCUUACACCGCCACCAUCGCGCCUCCAAAGCCAGCCUCAUUCGACCCCUCUCACUCGUUCUCUCUCCACACGAGAUGAACGCUACUCCAUCGGCCGGGCAUACCCUCACAAGCGGACAGACAAGCACAGACUGAAAAAGCAGCAUCACUGGCAUCACCGCCGUCCCGACAGCCGAUCAAAGUUGGCUGAAUUGUAUGCGUAA